AGAGGUGUUGAGCAGUCCCUGGGCGAGCCCUCAUUUCACCAGGCCCCCGGCUUGGGGCGCCUUCCUACCCCAUGGCGGGACACCUGGCUUCGGAUUUUGCCUUCUCGUCCCCGCCAGGCGGUGGAGGCGAUGGGCCAGGAGGACCGGAGCCGGGUUGGGUUGACCCUCGCACCUGGCUAAGCUUUCAGGGCCCUCCCGGAGGGCCAGGAAUCGGGCCGGGGGUUGGGCCAGGCUCCGAGGUGUGGGGGAUCCCCCCGUGCCCCCCACCGUACGAGCUGUGUGGCGGGAUGGCGUACUGUGCACCUCAGGUUGGAGCUGGGCUGGUGCCCCAAGGCGGCCUGGAGACCCCUCAGCCCGAGGGCAAGGCCGCAGCCGGAGUGGAGAGCAGCUCCGAGGGGGCCUCCCCCGAGCCCUGCCCUGCCCCACCGGGUGCCGCGAAGCUGAAGGAGAAGCAGGAGCCAAACCCUGAGGAGUCCCCAGACGUCAAAGCUCUGCAGAAAGAACUCGAGCAGUUUGCCAAGGUCCUGAAGCAGAAGAGGAUCACCCUGGGGUAUACCCAGGCCGACGUGGGGCUCACCCUGGGGGUUCUCUUUGGGAAGGUGUUCAGCCAAACCACCAUCUGCCGUUUUGAGGCUCUGCAGCUCAGUUUCAAGAACAUGUGUAAGCUGCGGCCCCUGCUGCAGAAGUGGGUGGAGGAAGCUGACAACAAUGAAAAUCUUCAGGAGAUAUGCAAAGCAGAGACCCUAGUGCAGGCCCGAAAGCGAAAGAGAACGAGUAUCGAGAACCGAGUGAGAGGCAACCUGGAGAACUUGUUCCUGCAGUGCCCGAGACCCACCCUGCAGCAGAUCAGCCACAUCGCCCAGCAGCUUGGGCUGGAGAAGGACGUGGUCCGAGUGUGGUUCUGUAACCGGCGCCAGAAGGGCAAGCGAUCUAGCGGUGACUAUUCACAACGGGAGGAGUUCGAGGCUGCUGGGUCCCCUUUCUCAGGGGCACCAGUGUCCUUUCCUCUGGCCCCAGGGCCUCAUUUCGGUACCCCAGGCUAUGGGAGCCCUCACUUUGCCACCCUGUACUCCUCGGUCCCUUUCCCUGAGGGGGAAGCCUUUCCGUCUGUCUCUGUCACCACUCUGGGCUCUCCCAUGCAUUCAAACUGAGGUGCCUGCCCUUCUAGGAAUGGGGGGCCAGGAAAGGGGAGGAGCUCGGGAAGGAGAACCUGGAGUUUGUACCAGGGCUUUUGGGAUUAAGUUCUUCAAUCACAAAGGAAGGAAUUGGGAACACAAAGGGUGGGGGCAGGGAGUUUUGGGGGAGCUGGCUGGAAGGAAGGUGAAGUUCAAUGAUGCUCUUGAUUUUAAUCCCCACAUCACUCAUCACUUUUUUCUUAAAUAAAGAAGCCUGGGACACAGUA